CAUUUACUCCAUGUGCACUUGCUUGCAGAAGCCGACAUGGCACCUUGUAUCUUGACCGUGGGCCACCGGGUCCCAGGCUCCCCUCGGCUCCUGCGUCUGCCCCCCCAGACUAGCCUGUGGUCCUCCCCUCCCCCUUGUUAUCAUGGAGGCUGAGCGAGGGCCCCUAUAAUGUCCUCCUGAUCCCAUCCCUCUGUCCGUUACCUUAUUUGCAGGUGUGACUAAGGAUGUGGAGGAGGCAGGUUACCAGGAGUUGGGGGUGGGCCCAACAUAACCCUGGGGUCCAUAGAGCGGGUGGCGGGAAGUCAGAGUCAGAGGGGGCGUGGUGCCCACGCAGGGCCUGCAGCGACACCUUGGUGCAAAAGCGAGGACUAUAGGUGGUCACUCGCUGCUUAUAGAGCACAAGGCAUCCCUCAGCACCCCCAGAAGUAGCCAGCUUUGCCAGCACCCCGACUGGAGCCCAGGGAAACUGAUUUCAGACUUCCGACUGGCAGAGCUUGUCUGAAGCCACCAGGUGAGUGUCAUUUGUCCCAGCAGCCACGGGAAACAGGGACCACAGAGUGCUUGUCCCACAACCCAGACACGAGGUCUGUCCCCCGACGAAGCUGAGCCUGUGCGCAGAGUGCAGCCCCCGCUCUCCCGGGAAGAAGAUAGCGCUGCGUCCGCCAUCUGAGUCUCAGUUGCGUCCCUGGAGCGAGGACAGCAGAUGGCACUGCUCUGCCCCACACGGCGCACGGGGCCUUGCGCUGCGAGGCGGGCCUGACCCCAUCGCCCAGUGAGGGGCGUCGCCUUGCAGCCACCUUUCAGGCCUUCAGUUCCAGAGGGAGGCGCAGGCUGGCGCUGGCGGCUCUGUAACAGCCAUGGUUCUGCUUUUCGUGGUUACCCACCGUCAACCGUGGUCCGAAACGAUUAAAUGGGAAAUCCCAGGAAUGAUUCAUACGCUUUAAAUGGCAUGAUGUUCUGAGUAGUGUGAUGAAACCUCACCAUCCUGGCCUGUGGGAUGGGAACCCUCCCUCUGUCCCGAGACGCCAUGUGAUUGACACUCCCCGCCCUUAGUCCUCGGGCGGCUGGGGUGUCGGAGGGGCCGCCCAGGUCUGGCAGGGCUGGCGCGCCAGCCACCCUCAUUUUAUUAGUAAUGCCACAUGCUCCUGACUGUCGUUACUGCGUGUUGUAAUUGUUCCAUUUUAUUAUUGUUAAUCUCUUACUGUGCCUAACUUAUACAUUAAGAUUUAUCAUAGGUGUGUUUGUAUAGGAAAAAACAGCACAUGCAGGGUUCGGUACUAUGCAGUUCAGGCAUCCACGGGGUCUCGGAGAGCAUCCCUGCAGCCAACCCCCCAGCUGACCACGGCCAGCCAGGCCAGCGCAGACAGACGGCCGGCCCACCCGCAGAAUCCGGUGGACACUUUAACCCUGCCGUGUCCCUGGCGGCCAUGCUGGUCGGAGGCCUCAACCUGACGAUGCUGCUUCCCUACUGGGUGUCCCAGCUGUGCGGGGGGCUGCUCGGGGCCUCCCUGGCCAAGGCGGUGAGUCCUGGCGACAGGUUCUGGAACGCGUCUGGGGCAGCCUUUGUGACGGUCCAGGAGCCGGGGCAGGUGGCAGGGGCCGUGCUGGCAGAGGUCGUCCUGACCACGCUGCUGGCGCUGGCUGUCUGCAUGGGCGCCAUCAAUGAGAAGACGCAGGGCCCGCUGGCCCCGUUCUCCAUCGGCUUCUCCGUCACCGUGGACAUCCUGGCAGGGGGCGCCGUGUCGGGAGCCUGCAUGAACCCUGCCCGGGCCUUUGGACCGGCUGUGGUGGCCAACCACUGGGCCUUCCACUGGAUCUACUGGCUGGGCCCGCUGCUGGGCAGCCUGCUGGUCGGAGCGCUCGUCAGGUUCUUCAUUGGAGAUGGGAAAACCCGGCUCAUCCUAAAGGGACGCUGAAGCCGGUGCUGGGCGUCCCGCGGCCCUGGUGCCCUUGGUCCCCGGCCAGUUCUGCAUUGCCCGCUACUGCACAGGCCCAGGGAGCACGGCUCCUUCCCUGGCGGGGCCUGGCUUCUCGCUGGAUGGCCUGCUGCUGGGCCCUGAGGUGCUCUAGGCUCUGAGGAGUGCCUGGUGCCUGGCAGAGCCCUCAGCCUGGGCAACGUGGCCAGCACUGCCCAGAGGGAGGUGGAAACAGCAUGUCAGAAAUGUCCUCCUGAGGGAGACGGUCCCAGGAGCAGAAGAGCACCUGAGCGAGGCAGCUGUCCAUGUACAUCAGUUCCUUCCGCCCAUCUUCCUCCCUCUCCUUUCCCUGGCUCCUCUGUUGCAGAAGGGCCUUCUGCGGUCUCUUUCCUUGCUUCCUGAGCUGCCAAUCUAGCUUUGCAAUAAAUAGUCCUAUAUUUC